AUGGCUGCUUCCAAUGGUCUUGGGAAUGCUCUGUGUGAGGAAUCAGUUCAAGCACGGAAUAAGAGGAAGCAAAUAAUUUCUAGCAAGAAAAGAGCUCAACAGAUGUCUAUAAACCAAGUUUGUCAAAAUGCUACUAAGACGAGGAAGAAUACUUCAAGCUCCCCUUUGUCUGACAUAACGAACAACCUGACCAAUCCUGUGUUUCAACCACCUGUUGGAAUUAAUUCUCAGAAAUCUCUCAACGACUCAUUGACUACACCAAAUAUUUCAGGGACAAACAGCACCGUUUGCUUCCCUUCGUCCCAGAAUAGAUCUUUUACAUGUUCAUUAUCCACAUUUCCAUAUGGGAUGUCCAAUGAAACAACUUCCAGAGUGGUUCGUAGUAAAAAAAUUCACAAUGCUGCAGCUGCUAGGUUAAGGAGGUUAAAUUAUAUGAAAAGUAACAAUCCUCUAAAUCUGGACAUUACUGAAGAUAUUUCAAGGCUGAAUCAAAACAAUAAAACAAAAACAUGUUUAAUGAAUAACAUUGAAGCAAGUUCUUCGAAGAGUGGUAAUGAUGCCUAUAAUUUCCAAGUUUCUGGAUCUCAUUGUCGCCAGUUGUUGGUGGAGUUUAAUGCUGAAAGUCACUCUUCACAGUCUUUGUUAGAUCUUUAUGAUGGUGCUGAGUUGAUAGAUGAAAUAGAUUUGGGGGAUGCAUCUUAUAGGUGCCGCAUUUGCCACGCGAAUUUUUGGUAUGAAGAAAGGGUUGAAUCAGCUGUGAACAAUGGUGGAGGUCCUCCACAAUUUGUAUUGAGUGGCCAAAAUUAUCAUAGAAUUGGUACACUCCUCCCUCAACUAGGAGAUGUUCCCAAAUUUGCUCAGCUUUACAUAUAUGAUACACACAAUGAGAAUAAGAAUCGAAUGAAGCCGUUCAUGGCUUCUAACAAUCCAGAUCCAUUGGAUAUUUCUUUAGUGGAUGAAUUGAAGGGAAUGAUUGAUGAGAAUAACGUGCUAGCUAAGUCAUUUCGUAAGGUACGAGAUUAUGUAAUGUCAAAUGAAUCAUCAUCAUUUGCCUUGCGUCUAUUUCGGAAAAGAGGUAAAGACCCUCGAACAUAUAAUUUGCCUACAUCUGAUGAGAUUGCAGCCCUAAUUGUAGGGGAUCUUGAAAAUGUUGAAGUUGGUAGGGAUAUUAUAGUUAAAAAAAAUGGUGUCCUAACAAGGAUCCAUGAAACUCAUACCUGCUUUAUUCCAUUACAAUAUCCAUUGAUAUUUCCUUUUGGUGAAGAUGGUUGGCAAGAAGAUAUUCCGUUAAGUGGUGUGUCGGCAUCUCUUAGUUCUCGAUUGAAACCUCGGGUCACAUUACGAGAAUUUAUAACCUUUAGGAUUCAAGAAAGGGAUCUUGAGCAUGGGAAUGUUGUCUUUUGUAGAAGGCUUUUCCAACAGUUUUUGGUAGAUUGUUAUACCAUGAUAGAAUCUCAGAGGCUAUCAUAUGUCCGCAACAAUCAAAAAAUAAUUAGAGCUGAUUUCCUUAAUGGGUUGGAAGAAGCAAUGUGUAGAGGAGAAACAGACCCAGGUCAAUUAGGAAUGCGUAUUGUAUUGCCGUCCUCAUUUGUUGGUGGACGUCGCUAUAUGUUUGAUUGUUGUCAAGACGCAAUGGCUAUUUGUAAGCGUUAUGGUUAUCCUGAUCUCUUCAUAACUGUUACAUGCAAUUCUGCAUGGAAAGAAAUUGAUAGAUUUGUUCGUCAGAGGAAUUUAAGGCCAGAUGAAAGGCCAGAUAUAUGUUGUCGAAUCUUCAAGAUGAAGCUGGACCAUUUAAUUGGAACUUUGAAGAGUGGCAUUAUAUUUGGUCCUUUAGAUGCAGGUAUGUACACAAUUGAGUUUCAAAAAAGAGGGUUGCCACAUGCACAUAUUCUCCUAUGGCUUUCGAAGAACAACAAGUUAGUAACAACCUCUGAUAUUGAUAAAUUCAUUUCAGCAGAAAUUCCUGAUCCUAUUCUACAUCCUAGAUUGAACAAGGUUGUGUCUACUUAUAUGUUACAUGGUCCAUGUGGCUCUGGUUUUUCAAAAUCUCCUUGCAUGUCAAAUGGGAAAUGUACCAAGUUCUUCCCAAAGAAUUUUCAGGAAACUACUAUAAUUGAUGAUGAUGGUUAUCCUGUGUACAGAAGGAGAGAUACUGGAGUGUAUGUUGAGAAGAAAGGUCUUCGAAUGGACAAUAGUUAUGUUGUUCCUUAUAACCCUCAACUACUUAUGUUAUAUAAUGGUCAUAUCAACGUGGAAUAUUGCAACAAAUCUAAUGCAAUCAAGUAUCUCUUCAAGUAUGUUAGUAAAGGUCCUGAUCGUGUUAAUAUUGAAAUAAUCAAUCAGAGAGAAGAUGGGGCAGAACUUGAGGUAAAAGAUGAAAUUAAACAAUAUUAUGAUUGUAGAUAUCUUACCCCAUGUGAGGCUGUUUGGAGGACUUUCAAAUAUUAUAUUCAUGUGAAGUGGCCAGCUGUCAAGAAAGUUACUUUCCACCUUGAGGAGAAACAAAGUAUUUGCUUCAAAGAUAGUGAUAAUUUGGAGUAUAUUGUUAAAAAAGCAUCUGAAAAAGACACAAUGUUCUUAGCUUUGAUGAAAGCUAAUGGUUUAUAUGAAGAGGGAAAAUCACUAACUUAUGCUGAAUUUCCUUCAUAUUUUGUUUUUGAUGAGGAAUCUCAUUCAUGGCAUCCAAGGAAGCAAGGAUAUUCUAUUGGAAGACUCCAAUAUAUCCCUCACGGGAUUGGGGAGCUUUAUUAUUUGAGGAUCCUCCUAACUCGGCAGAAAGGAUGUACUUCAUGGGAAAGCAUUCGUACUAUUGAAGAUGUUGUGUAUCCUUCUUUUCAUGAUGCAUGUUAUGCACUAGGAUUGUUAGCAGAUGAUCGAGAAUUUAUAGAUGCUAUUGUUGAAGCAAAUGAGUUAGCUUCAGGCAUACAGCUUCGAAGAUUCUUUGUGAUGUUGCUCACAACAAACACUAUGAGCAAACCCGAAUUUGUGUGGGAAAAAUCAUGGCGGAUUUUGUCAGAUGGAAUUUUGUAUGAAAGGCGAAAAAAGCUAGGCAUACCGGAUCUGCACAUAAGUGACGCAGAUUUACGAAAUCUUUGCUUGGUAGAAUUGGACAAAUUACUUCACUUGAACGGACGGUCUCUAAAAGACUAUUCUUGCCUACCUUUUCCAGAUCUAUUUGAGGAGUGCCAGUAUGAGAACAAAUUCGUUGCUGAUGAAUUGAAUUAUAAUAAAGUUGAAAUGGCCAGUUUGCACGAAUCACUCAUAGAUUCAUUGACUGAAGAACAACAUCAAAUAUACAAUGUUAUAAUGAAAGCAGUCAUGGAUAAAACUGGAGGACUAUUUUUUCUAUAUGGCUCUGGUGGUACCGGCAAAACAUAUUUGUGGAAUACCUUAUCUGCUGGUAUAAGGUCAAAAGGGUUGAUUGUUUUGAAUGUUGCUUCAAGUGGAAUUGCUUCUUUACUUCUCCCUGGUGGAAGGACAGCUCAUUCCAGGUUUUCUAUUCCUAUUUCUAUUAAAGAUACCUCAACUUGCAAUGUUUCGUUAGGUUCUUUAAAAGCUGAGCUAUUAAAGAAAACUAAUUUGAUCAUUUGGGAUGAAGCUCCAAUGUUGAAUAAAUUUUGUUUUGAAGCAUUGGAUAGGACUUUAAAUGACAUAAUGAAGUCCAAUUCAACUUUACCCAAUGAUAUGCCAUUUGGUGGUAAAGUUGUUGUUCUUGGUGGAGAUUUCAGACAAAUAUUACCAGUUAUUCAGAAAGGUAGUCGUUAUGAUAUAGUAGAUGCCUCUAUCAAUUCUUCUUAUCUUUGGAAACAAUGUCGUGUUCUUCUAUUGACAAAGAAUAUGAGGCUACUUAAAUCUGAAGUUUCUGCAGAAUCCAAUGACAUUAAAAUUUUUUCUGAAUGGCUCUUGGAACUUGGUGAUGGAAAGUUAAAUAGAUCUGGAGAUGGGGAAUCUACCAUUGAGAUUCCCGAUGAUCUUUUGAUUCUUGAUUAUGAAAAUCCAUUACAAAGGUUGAUUGAUUUCGCCUAUCCUGAUAUAUUGCACAACUUAGAAAUUAAAAACUACAAUUUUUUUGAAGAAAGAGCUAUUUUGGCACCAACCUUAGAAAGCGUAGAAGCAGUUAACAAUCAACUUCUUUCCAAAAUUCCUGGGGCUAUGAAAGAUUAUUAUAGUUGUGAUAGUACUUGCAAGUCAGAUGAAGACACUGAGAUUGAAGCUGAAUGGUUUACCAGUGAAUUUUUGAAUAACAUCAAAUGUUCUGGCAUACCGAAUCAUAAAUUGAGUUUGAAAGUGGGUGUGCCUGUUAUGUUGUUGCGUAACAUUGACCAAGCUGGAGGACUUUGCAAUGGCACUCGAAUGAUUGUAAAGGCAUUGGGGAAAAAUGUUAUUGUUGCUAAUGUAGUUAGUGGAAAACAACUUGGGAAGGAUGUUUUAAUAUCUAGAAUGGAUUUAGUUCCAACUGACUCUGGUUUGCCUUUCAAGUUUGUAAGGAGACAAUUUCCUAUUUCUUUAUGUUUUGCAAUGACUAUUAACAAAAGUCAAGGUCAGACUCUUUCGCAUGUGGGAUUGUAUUUGCCUAAACCAGUAUUCACUCAUGGGCAGUUAUAUGUUGCAUUAUCGAGGGUGAAAUCAAGAAAAGGAUUAAAAAUCUUGAUUUUGGAUGAAGAUGGUUCCAUUUCAAAGGUUACUAGAAAUAUAGUAUACAAAGAGGUGUUUGACAAUAUAUGACCAAUGCGAAAUCAAAAAUCUGUUUAAAGUGUGAAGUGCAGGAGAAUAAUAAUUUUAUUCUGCUUAUUUCAUAAUUUAUGUAUAAUGGACAUGUUAUUUAUAGACACUAUUUUAUCACUGAAAUUACUAAUGUAUUUUACUCACAAUGGUUUGUUCACAUUUUUUAGCGCACACCUAUUUACUACGACUCUCACAGUUAUA